AGAACUUCAACGAGGAGUCAAUAUACAGAAAGGUGAAUGAUUGAAUCAAGCCGGACAAUGGAUAAUGUAUGUAGCUUACAUAGAAGGCGUCUAAGUUGGUACACGUGACGUGGGACGCGAAAUGAACACGCCGAAGCAAGGGGCGUUUGGAAGCACGGGCUUCUGUGCAGACCAACCUCCAACUUCCAGGAAUGUUCCCCGCCCUCCAGUCUUGAUUUGAUGCAGGUGUCCCAGAAACCAACCACAACGGCGCCCGAUCAAGUUGCGGUCCAGUUUUUGUUGUUGCCGGCGUUACCAGCUCUGCGCCUCGUGGUUCUUCAACAACGUUAACCACCUGUAAGCCUUCAAUUCACAUUGCAAUGACUCUUCGCGACCUGAAGGCAAACCCCACGGAGGGGUUGCCGAGUUCUACCAAAGAAACCCGGACCCUGUCGCCGAUGGCGAGUCUCCAAGCACCAGUACAGCUCCACUCGCCUCCAUCCCCCGGUUCACACAGGACCUUGAGGAGAUUGCAAUCGGCUCAUAGCUUGGGUGCAAAAGUCGCCGGCCAGGGUUCUCUGAUUACCCAGCAGAGGCUGCAACAGCAGCAGCAGCAGCAGCAGCAUAUUCAACACCAUCCUCCCACCCAGCAGCAGCAUGCUCGAAUCCUGAACCCCCCCCCUAUCCCUCCUCGCAGACAUGUAAACACCACCAACCGGUCGCCACAACGAGGACGCGCCAACAGCGACGCACCCAUUACAGUUCCUUCCCCCCACACAUUCGGAGCAGCCAUGACAGCCACGCGACGUUCCGCUUUGAAUAAGCGGUCCCCCGCCGCCGAUGCCAUGUCUCUCGACAAACUCUUGCGAGAAGGGCCUCCAAACGGAGAUAUCGAGGGUGCUUUGGAGAGCAGCCGGCUGAAGAUUCUUGAUCAGGGCAUCAAGGCAGACAGCGACGGCAUGUCCUCUCUACGCAUCUAUGUAUGGCUGAUUUUGCUCAAUGCGCCUGUUCUCGAGACCGAUUCAUACCUUGCACUUAUCCACCGUGGCGCGUCACCUGCAUACUCAAAAAUUCGUAAUGAUACCUUCCGCACUCUCACAACUGAUCCUCUUUUCCGACGGCGUGUGAGCGAGGCGAGCCUGAUCCGACUACUCAACGCCAUUGCCUGGAAACUCCAUGAUGCCCGCGCAGAACGCACUCGGGAGCCCAGCAUAUGCAGCAGUUCCCGCCAGUCUCUUGACCAACCCAACAGUCGGCCGGGAACAGGCUAUGGGAGCGGCUAUGAUUCCAACCCAACCUCGCCCAUGUCGAAACAUCGAGCCCGUGCUCUGACACUUACAACGGAGGGUUCUGAGGCAAGCAUGCCUCUUGAUCCAGGAACUUACGUCCAGGGAAUGAAUGUUCUGGCAGCACCCUUCUUGUACGCCGCUCGCAGUGAGGCCGAGGCUUUCAUUGCUUUCCACCAGCUUCUGACCAAGGAGCUGCCCGGCUACAUUCGUGGUGCUAUGGAUGGUGUGCACAAAGGGCUGGCAUUGGUCGACAAAGUGCUCUCCAUUGUAGACCCCAAGCUCAGCCUGUAUUUGCUCUCGAAAAACCUGACGGCUGAAAUAUACGCCUUUCCCUCUGUUUUGACGCUCUGCGCCUGCACCCCCCCGCUCCCCGAAGUCCUUCGUCUCUGGGACUUUCUUUUUGCAUAUGGGCCUCACCUCAACAUCCUUUGUAUCGUUGCACAGUUAGUAAUGAUCCGAACCAAAAUUAUGGAAUCUCCAAGCCCAAAUAAGCUUUUGAGGUCCUUCCCAGCUCUUCAAGCUGACCAGAUCAAACGUACAACCCUCGCCAUCAUCAAGAUGAUUCCCGAUGAUGUCUACUCCGAUAUCAUUGCCCAUGCCCGAUAAUUUGGAGUCGAGGAGGGUUGUUGAGUCAUUGGUUCUGAACAGGCCGAUGGUUUCAAAAUCACCGCUUUCAGCAGACGUUGCAUUGGAGACAGAUUCAGGCACAGGUCGCCAGAAGCUCGUCAACAAGUAUGCUGUCAGACCAUAGCUCGAAGUCCUCAGCCAUGCUGAGUGAGCGCUGGACCGCCUUUCACAACGAUGCCAAGACGGGCCUUCCCAAGUCAACGGCUUGAGUGUCAUGCAACAAUUUAGCCGCAUGAAUAUUCGUGGGGGUUCUGUUCAAGUCGCUGGCCGAUGGGAAGCAAGAGGGGAGGACGAGAAUGACGCGACUAUGUGGAAGAAAACCGACAACACAGUGGCUGACAAGGAUUGCGCCGACCAACGACGCCCCGAUGUUACAAGCCGAGUGUCUAUAAGCCACACCUACAAAGCUCGCCCGGAAGGGAAGGGAUAUGCGGCUAUAUGGGCGGCAUUGUACUAAUUCACCAAACCUUGGUGCCCUCGGCAACGGCGCUGCGAGGCAUGACGGACCACAACAUUCUGUACUGCACACACCACGCUACCCACACCACGCUACCCACUACAGACAACUGGUGGAGAUAAGGCGAGUAACCGGCAAGGUUGGAAUAACAUGUAAGAAGUAUACAUUAGGAGCGGUAUGUACGAGCAGAUCUUUUUGGACAGACAAAACAAAACCUAUUUUUGGGGACACGAAAAGGGAUGUUGGAGGAAUAUAUAGAGAUCGAGAGGGAAGAUGAAUGUUUUGAUUUGGCAGAACUUUGGUUUUUAUAGGAACAUUGGCCGUAUAUUCAUAGAAGGUUUGGGGGGAGGGGGUGGAGGGAUGGCCAGCAAGGAGUGCC